AUGUCGCACACACUGGCACCGGGAGAUGCAGAGAGUUUGCGCAAAAGAUCCAUGCUGGAGUCAGCAGAGAACUCCUUUGAUCCUGAACAGCAUUUCCGGUUUCCAAGGCUCCAGAGCCAGGCUGACCGGCUGUGCGCGGGGCCCCAGCAUCCAGAGCUGGGCGCGGUGACCACACCCUCUCCGGACGCUUCAGCGCACCAUUUCUGUCACUACACGCCCAAAUGUUUCCUCGCUGUCCACAGAGGGGGUUGUGGUACUUCAUCCCGAUCCACUCCACCGAGGUGUGGAGAAGAAGGAUGGCACGAGGGCACCUCAAAGACCACAAUCAGAGUUGAGAAUGAGGUGGAGGCACACAGGGAGGCCAACAACUACAAGUUUGGCUUCCGAAAGUGGAAGGGCAACGUAACCGAGAGGCCAAUUGAAGACAGAUCAGAGAUCAUCAAAGAACUGUACACUGACCUCAGUGUUGUCAGGCUUCCAGAAGGUUCGGUGGUCACCGUUGGCAACAUUGUUUAUGUAUUACUAUUUGGAUUGUGGAUCUCCUUGAUCUACAUACUUAUUUGUCCUUUAAUGUUUCUUACAAUCAUUGGGGCUCCUUAUGGAAAGAUCUGUUUAAAGUUGGCUUGGUACUUUAUCUGGCCGUUUGGGAAGUCCAUAGGAAAGGCUCCUGAUGUCAUCAGUAGAUCCACCGUGAAGCCGACAAACUGCGACGUCAUUUCUCAAGAGAGGGACGAGGAUCUUGUGGGGGAUCAGGACUGUGCACCCCUCCUGGUGUCUUCCCCUCUCCCCAUCGAGAUACCCGUCCCAACUCUGCCACCCCGUAAACGCUCAAAUCACUGGUGUCGCGUUGGUACCUACGUUUGGCUGCUGGUGGGCUUUCCCAUCCUGGCUGUGGUCCACUCCGUAGCCUGUGUGCUCUCCUGGCUGCCCGUCUUCACCAUACCGGUGGCAAAGAUGAACAGCCGCAUCCUGACCACCGUCCUCCUCAUGGCACCCGAGGACAUUCAGAUCCGCAAACUGGAAAAGACUCAAGUGUGCGAGUCCAGAGUCAUCUUAUGCUGUUACCAGGCUUUCAAUGUGCAUUACUACAAAUUCACUGUCCAAGGAAUCAACAUUUUUGCUCUCAACUUGCUACCUUUGGUAUUCAUGACGUUGAUUAUAGGCUAUACUGAUCGUGAGCACAAUUACUUCAGUGCAGAGACCAUGUUUGCCAUUGCCCUCACAUCCAUAAUUCCCUUGUCGUACUACAUUGGCAUGGGAAUAGCCAGUAUUUCAGCACAGAGUAAUUUUGCGGUGGGCGCCGUGGUGAAUGCGACCUUUGGCUCCAUCACUGAGAUGACGUUCUACAUCACGGCGCUGCUGCGGGGCCAUCGCGCCGCCACCAAGUGCUAUGAGGAGAUAGUCAAAGCUGCUCUCACUGGGACCCUGCUCGGGUGUAUACUGUUCAUACCUGGCAUUUGUAUGACGAUUGGAGGUAUUAAACACAGAGAGCAGCACUUUAACAGUCGCUCCGCUGGGGUGAGCUCAUCUUUGCUUUUCAUCUCCAUCGGAGGUGUGUUUGCACCCACCCUCUUCUCAAAGACCUUUGGUUAUCUGGUUUGUGAAAGCUGCUCUAAUGUUCCAGGCAAUGCUAGCGUACCCUUCAUCUGCAAAGACUGUCACUAUGACACGACUCAAGCUGACCCGCAUCUGAUUCUGUCCCAUAUUGAGCCUCUAGUGUACACCAUUUCUGUCUUGCUUCCUGCCUCAUACCUUAUCGGCCUCAUCUUCACCCUGAAGACCCACUCCCACAUUUAUGAUAUCCAUAUCAGUGACGGGGGCCAUGCACACAGGCAGUACGCACAGGAGGGUACCAGCGCCUGCAGCCCUACUGGUGAGGUCACCACUGACCGUCUACCUCACACCAACGUGUGUAUUAAUGCCAGCAUUAUUGCCCCAAGCCACGUGGCAGCAGGUCAUCAUGUUGUGCACUGGUCCCGCUGGAGGGCUCUGGCCGUGCUGAUCGUCGCCACUGGGCUGAUGGCUUGCUGUGCUGACCUUUGCACCGAGAACAUUGAACCCAUACUGACCCAUUCCUCCAUUUCUCAGUACUUCAUAGGUGUCACAGUGUUAGCCAUGGUGCCAGAGCUUCCUGAGAUUGUUAACGGGAUCCAGUUUGCACUGCAGAAUAAUAUCAGCCUGAGUCUCGAAGUCGGCAGCUGCAUUGCUGUGCAGGUCUGCAUGAUUCAAAUUCCACUACUCAUCCUCUUCAACGCAUUCUAUGACGUCGGUUUCGUGCUGGUGUUCAGCGAUAUUCAUCUUUGGGCCAGCAUCUUUAGUGUCAUUCUGGUCAACUACAUUUUCAUGGAUGGGAAAUGUGACUACUUUCAGGGUACAGCUCUAGUGGUGGUUUAUCUCAUCCUUCUGGCUCUCUACUUCUUUGCUCCAUCCCCACGCUCAUGUUAA